CUCACCAAGCUCCUGGUGGGGGGAUGAGACCUGGGCUGGAAGCCUGGAGCCAGGCUGCGCAGCCCCGCGGAAUGCUGUCCCCGAGCUCCUGCAGUGCGCCCCGGUGCGGGGUGGCUGUGCCGCAGCCCAUUGCCGACAGCUGCAACGAGCCCUGCGUGCGGCAGUGCCCGGACUCCACCGUGGUCAUCUACCCCCCUCCGGUGGUGGUCACCUUCCCGGGGCCCAUCCUCAGCACCUUCCCGCAGCAGAGCGUGGUGGGCUCGGAGGGAGCCCCCGACGUGGGGAGCGGCUACGGAGGCCUCUACGGCUCCCGCGGCCUCUAUGGCUUCGGGGACCGCUACAGCUGCGGCAGCCUCUACGGCUCCCGGGGCCUCUUCGGCUCUGGGGACUGCUAUGGCUAUGGGGGGCUGUAUGGUGGCUACCGGGGCUGGUAUGGCUCUGGGGACUGCUAUGGCUACCCAGGGCUUUACUCUGGCCGCUACAGCUACCCCUUCAGCUCGCGCUAUGGCUCAAGGUUUGGCUAUGGGGGCUGCUACUCCUUGUAG